UAAAAACCAUACCAGCAUUAAUCCAUCUCUCUCCAACUGAAUUGUCCUUCCUCUCUCUAUCAUUAGUGCGGCAGCGCACAAAUGAUCCUCUGUGCAUCGUUUCUCUUUCUAAAUUGAUCCCCUCUCUCUCUCACAUAUGCGCAGUAAUUCAUCUCGCUCUCAUUAAAUUGAUCUCGCUCUGUCUAAAUGAUUCUCUCUCUCUCUAUCUUCAUUUUUGCGCCAAAUUGUUCCGCUCUGUAUCAUUUGUGCACUAGUGCACUAAUUCAUCUCUCUCUCUAAAUUCUCCGGGCUGGCCAUGGUCUACUUUGCGAAUCCCCCUGCAAAAACGCCCUAAUUUUGCAGCCCUUUCAUUACCAGCAAUAAUGCCUGGUCAUGGCGAUCGUCACUGGGGACCGCUACCUGGAUCUCCUCGUGAAAUUCACAGAGAAACACGCUGAAUCCCUAUUAGAAGGAACCCUAAUUCUGAAACUGAACCCAGUGGGUCUUCACUAUGUUCAUUCGAGGCUUGAAGCCCUUGAAGAAUUGGAAGGCCUCAUUGCAGGGGCUCCUGUUGAUUACCUUCGUGCUUAUAUCUCUGAUCUUGGAGAUCACCGGGCUCUUGAGCAGCUUCGUCGAAUCCUUCGACUCUUGACUUCUCUGAAAGUGGUUUCCGUUCUUCCUCCACCUGCUAGGGAUCCGGCUCCUCUCUCUCUCAGGCCUUUCAAUCGACUGAGGUUUCUUGAGCUUCGAGGGUGUGAUCUCUCGACUUCGCAGGCUAGGGGGCUUUUGGAACUCAGACACACUUUGGAGAAGAUAAUAUGCCAUAAUUCAACAGAUGCUCUCAGGCAUGUAUUUGCUGGAAGGAUCGUGGAUAUUCGUGAUUGUCCCUUGUGGAAUCGUUUGUCAUUUGUUUCAUGCUCCUGCAAUGGUUUAGUUCUUAUGGAUGAAUCAUUGCAAUUGCUUCCAGUCGUGGAAACCCUGGAUUUGAGCCAUAACUCUUUUGCCAAAGUGGAUAAUCUUUGGAGAUGUACGAAAUUGAGAUACCUGGAUCUUGGAUUCAAUCACCUUAGAACAAUUGCUUCACUGAAGGAGGUGACAUGCCCAAUUACUAAGCUUGUCCUGCGUAACAAUGCUUUGACAAGUUUGAAUGGGAUUGAAAACUUAAAAUCAGUUGACGGGCUUGACCUUUCUUACAAUAUUCUUUCCAACUUUUGUGAGAUUGAGCUUCUUGCAAGCCUACCAUCUCUUCAAAACUUGUGGUUAGAGGGCAAUCCAAUCUGUUGUGCUUGGUGGUACCGACCUCAGGUUUUCAGCUUUUUUACCAGUCCAGAGAAAUUACAAAUAGACGGUAGAGCACUCAGUGCAAAAGAGACAUGGAAGAUGCAGAUCCUCGUUAAGAAGAGGCAAAAGCGCCCUGCUGGAUUUGGGUUCUAUUCUCGCGCAAAGGAGUAUGUUCAACAAGAUGGCAGUUUCAACAGGCAAAGCAAAAAAUCGUCCAGGCUUGCUUGUAUUGAGGAUGCAGAAAGGAAGAGUAUUUUCGAAUCAAACGAUCAUGAAUCAGGAUCCUGUGAUAGUGAGCAACAAAGAAUAGACGACAAUUAUGUUCCUGAGGAUGAAGCAGAAGUUCUGGGCCUAAUGAAUAGAAUUGAAUUGAUGAAAAAAGAAAGGUCUAUUCUUUGGUUGCGAGAGUUCAAGGAUUGGAUGGAUCAUCAAAGUGACGGGGAUGCAGGGGAGAACAGUAAGCUUAUAGGCUCAAGUCCCAGGAAAGCAAAGUAUAAGAGAAAUAGAAGUCAUAAACGCCUUGGAGAGAUCUCAAGAUAUGUUUCAGACUUGCAAGAUUCAGAGGAUGAGUCUAGCACAAACAUUUUAGAGUCUGAUACUUUAUCUCAAGAUAAUUUUCAUGGUGACGAUAGCCACAGAAUUAUCAAUUCUAGCAAAAACUUCAUUUUUGGACCUUCAGCGAUGAAUGAUAGUCGGGAAACCACACCACUGUCAGCAUUCACGAAGAUGGAUCCGAUGAAGGACCUAAUGAGUGCUUCUGCUAAUGAGGUGCAGAAUUUACUGCAACAUCCUGAUGUACUUAUGAAUGAGAUGGGCAGUGAGAAGGAUGGAAAGAGAAGUACUAAGUCUAUGACAUCCUUUGAUGAGAUAAUGGAAUCCCGCUCUUCUUCUGUUUUCCUGGCUUCGCCACCUCAUUAUAGAGAAGACAUACUUCAUCGACGGCAAAACCUUGAGGAGGAAUUCAUGCAGCUAUCAGCUGGUUCCUAUACGGGUGGCUCAUCAGAUAGUGAUACCAGUAGUGAUGACACUGAUUCCUUCAUACUCAAUGCCUCCUUUGCUGGAGUUGAUCAAACACUGAAUGGAGAUGCCCUGAAGGAUAAUGUAGGAGGCAAACUUGACGAAGAACUCUCUGUUGAAGAUUAUUAUGAGAAUAUUCAUGGCAGUGAUCAUGACUGUCGCAAAAAUGGAGGAAUUAGUUAUGAAUAUGCUGACCAAACAACUGGAAUUGUGAAAGUUUCUAUGUUAGAUCAUGCCAAACCAUCUUGUAUGGAUGAUAUUUUGACUGACUCUGGUGGUGGCAUUGCUGACCAAGUUAUGGCCCAAGGUGUUGAUCUUUCAGAAGUGCCUAAAAGGAGGCGAAAACCAAAAACAAGGGUUGUUUCACUCCCUGAGAGUUUGCCUAUCGGAGAGAUCUCCCAACAAAUUACUGGUGUUUUGGAUACUGAUUGGGCUAACUUGGAAUAUGUUCAACAAUUGUCUGAAGGGAAGAACUCCAAUCGUUCAGUUAAUAAUGGUGCAAACUGGAUGCUGAGAAAAAGAAUGGAUGAAUCUCUAAGAGAUAGUGCUGAUGGUUCUCUUUCAAAAUUGAAGUCUGAUGAAUAUCCAAGUGAUGAAAAUGAUGACUUCAUAAGGAACUACUUCUGUUUGAAGAUUGCAGAUCCAACAGUGUCUGAAACUUGUCAGCGUUAUGUACUUUGCAGCCAUCUAGAUUUACGCCACCAUGGCUCAGGUGUUAUGGAGAGAGAAAUCGCUGUGUUGCUGAGCAGUGAAAACAAGCUCUACUUGUUGUCGAUAUUCUCCAGAAACUGUAGGCAAGAGGUUGCUUUGGAAAUUUUGGGAAUCUAUAGGCUUGAAGCCAUAAAAGAGGUGGUGGUUGGAAUGGGACUUCAGAUUUUGAGGUUACACAUUGAUGGAGGCGCAACUUACUUGCUCAUAACAGAGACAAUUGAAAAAUCAAAGGAGCUGCUGGCUCUACUGCAAAUCACAUCCAACAAAGAAAUGGAUAGCUGUCGUUUGAUAAGCUGGGAGCAGGUUCAAGUCAAUUUGCUUUAUAAGCAUAUCUGUGGGGGUAUGAAGAUGAGCAUUGUCCUAUACUCAUUGUUGCUGUUUUGGCAAAAGAGUUCCAAAGGCUUUGGCUUAGUGGUGGACGUAGCGUUUGGGUGAGGAACGUCAGGGAUUGGACCUUCUGAAGUUUGUCCUAACCAUAUCAAACUAUUAAGGAUAUAACUUGUGGGGAUCCAUGGAUAACUCUACAAAUCUCAUUCUUAAUUUGUUCAUACCGGAUCUGUACAAAAUCUUGUCAAACUUAUAACUAUGCUGGUCUUAUUUGUUUUAUACUCUUGUAAUAUACUAAUAUCUGAUAUUGUCAUGGGCAUGUUUGUAUUAUUGGCAAUAUCAAUAUGUAUAUGUGCACACACAGACAUACAUACAUAUAUAUAAGGACAUUCAAGCACGCAAUGGUUAGCUUUGGACUAUUCAUUGCAGAUUUAGCCACUCUCCUCUACUCGCGCAUUAGCUCUGUCUUCUUUCUUUUAUGGUAUCAUAGCUUGUUGGUUGGAGAAUGGUUCAAGAGGCUUUCAUCGAAAGUUGACAUUUAACCCUAAUUCUAUUUCUUUCCCUUUUCUUUUUCCUGGUAUUUUUCUUCUCAAAUUCAAACCCUAACUCUACUUCUUUCCCUUCUCGAGUCUAACCUUUCUUUCACUACAUACCCUAAUCUUCCUACCUCCUCUUAACCGUUUUAUUCUCUCAAUCAAUAUUCUUCUAUCAUACUUACUUUUGUCUUGAAAUCAGAUUAGAAUCUUUCAUAUUCUUCCUCUCAAAUCAGAUCUCAAAAAUCCAAAUCAGAUCUGCAGGAACCCUAAAAUUAGAUGUUAAAACCUUGAACAUGAUAUGCUUGACCUAAAAUCAGAUCUAAAAAUUUCAGAUCAGAUCUAAAUUUUCUUUCAAAGUUUAUAUUUAGGGUGUGAAAGUUUCAAACCCUAAAUUCUCGUUUUUUUUGUGAAACCUAACUAAAGUUUCAAAAACCAAAUUCUCUUUGUUUUGUGAACCUUAAUUUUCCAUCAUGUAUUCUUCCACAUGUGGUCUCUAUUAAAUUUGAUUCUACCAACUUCAUUAUCUUGGAAUAGUCAAAUUAUUUCAAUGAUAGAUGGUUUGACACAGGCCAGUCAUUAAUAUGCUGGAUAAACUCCACUCCCUCUGGACAUUAUAUCUCAAGUGAUAGGUCUUCAUUCGACCAAAGAAUUGUGGGAUUUCCUUCAUGAACUUACUCUCAGUCAUCUAAUGCAACUUG